UCAGACUGAGAUGCAGCACACGAAGGAAAAGAAUGAGGAUGUGUUGACCACUCGGGUCCAAAGAGGACGCGGAAUUCCUUGAUUUGUGGCUGCAUUGUUAAAUUCACUCAGCAGAUCGCUCAUGUGGACCACGCGCGCUCGCUCGCUCGGCAUGCAGGCAGAGAUGCGAAGAGUAAUGAGGCUGCGAUGAAAGGGAAGGGGGAGGGGUGAGCUGGGGGCCGCACCGAAAUUUUCUUUUUUGUAAGGGGGUUGGGGGGGCAGGCGGGCUGUUUUCGCCCACUUGAGACCAGAGCGCAUUUACAGCGGAGAGACACAGACGGACUACACGCCUCUUCUGAUGCCCCGUUAGGAUGGAUUAUUAAUUUCUCUCAUUUCAGUUGAGAUUGAAAGACACUUCAUGAUGUGGUCCACGAGCUUAAGCAGAGCAUUCCCUCAAAAUAUGGAUUUUUUCUUGACUUAAAACACCUAGCAAAUGACCAUCGCUCAAAAACGAAACGCAACCUCUCAAACGUUGGCUCAUUCCAGCAGUGCCCCCUAUCGGACUUAGUGGUGUACUGCACCACCCGGGAUCCCCGCCUCCUCCGCUCACCACAGGACCAUGGCCGACUCCAUGUACUCAGACCUGAUCGCCAGGCACUAUAACUACACAGGGAAGCUCCGCAAAGUUGAGCAGGACUCGGGACUCAAGGCGGACUCCGUCAUCUUCAUCAUCGUGUGCUGCUUCAUCAUCCUGGAGAAUGUUCUGGUGCUCCUCACCAUCUGGAGAACCAAGAAGUUCCACAAGCCCAUGUACUACUUCAUCGGGAACCUGGCCCUGUCGGACCUGCUGGCAGGGGUGGUGUACACUGCCAACAUCCUGCUGUCGGGGGCCAACACCUACAGGCUGUCGCCCACACAGUGGUUCUUCCGCGAGGGCAGCAUGUUUGUGGCGUUGGCCGCGUCCAUCUUCAGUCUCCUAGCCAUCGCCAUCGAGCGUCACCUGACCAUGCUGAAGAUGAAGCUGCACAACAGCGGGAGCACGUGGCGCGUCUUCAUGCUGAUCAGCACCGUGUGGAUGAUCGCGGCUGUGCUGGGCGGCCUGCCCGUCAUUGGCUGGAACUGCAUCGACAGCAUGCGCAGCUGCUCCACGGUGCUCCCACUCUACCACAAGACCUACCUCCUGUUCUGCACCACUGUCUUCAGCGUCAUUCUCAUGGCCAUCGUGGUGCUGUACGCGCGCAUUUACGCGCUGGUGCGCACGCGCAGCCGCAAGCUCGUCUUCCGCAAGGUGUCCAAUGGGCGCGGCGGGGCGGGCAAGAGCUCGGAAAAGUCCCUGGCGCUGCUGAAGACGGUGAUCAUCGUGCUGAGCUGCUUCAUUGCCUGCUGGGCACCGCUAUUCAUCCUGCUGCUGCUGGACGUGGCGUGCGAGACCGGCGCCUGCCCUAUCCUCUACAAGGCAGAGUGGUUCUUGGCGCUGGCCGUGCUCAACUCCGCCAUGAACCCGCUCAUUUACACGCUGACCAGCAACGAGAUGCGCCGUGCCUUCCUGCGCAUGCUGCUCUGCAGCGCCUGCACCUGCCUGCAGGGCGGUGCCAGCAAGUACCCCCGGCCCAUCAUCGGCGCAGAGUUCAGCCGCAGCAAAUCCGACAACUCCUCACACCCCCACAAGGAGGAGCCGGAGUACUCGCCCCGCGAAACCAUCGUGUCCUCGGGCAACAUCACCUCCUCCUCGUAGAACACACACAACCCCUGCCACAGCCUGUGUACAUGUCCUCUUCUAGUGAAUGUACCUGUGUGUUUCUAAGAGUGUACUUAUGCGAAGGAUGUACAUAAUUCUCUGAGUGAGUGUGUGUAUGUGUGAGUGUGUGUGUGAGAGAGUGUGAGUGCGUUGUGAAUGUGUUUAUCUGUAAAUGUGUUUUAUAGUGUAUAAAGGCAUCACGGCUGGUGUAGACGUAUAGGCGUACGUAUAUAGACAUAGCACAACCCAGAUAGAGACUGAUUCCCUGACAGGCUCAGUAACGCCUAUGUUUCCUUUUGCUGAGAGAGAGAGAGACGCUGCUACAAAACAAGAGAUCAUCACUGUCUCACACACAAAACAAGCGAUCAUUACUGUCUCACACGCAAAACAAUAGAUCAUCACUGUCGCAAAUGUAAAACCCAUGGUCUUAUGUUGCUCUAGGGGUUGCAAGGUAACUUAACAAAAUGAUUCCAUGACAGCCAUCAAAAACGGCAAAACUGUACUUUCUUUUCAUGUCUACGGCUCCUAAGCAAACAAAGACUAAGUAUUUGGCCUACAGCGAUUGGUCUCGCAGACAAAACAACCAAGGAGACAUCAGUUUCUGGGCCCCCACUCCAUCACUGGCAGCCAGGAGGGAGGGGCUUAACUGGAACAAACAGAGAUGAGAGACCUGGCCCUCCUGCUUGGCCUUAUGGGAAACCCUCCCCCUUCCUGGAGGACUGCCAUUUAACCGUCCUCAGACAUAAUAAGGCAACACUUACGGCUCACAGGGAAGCACUUCACCUGAGCUCUGUGAUUGGUUAAUCAGUCUCAUCAACCUGCUCACAGCACAAUUCCUGUGGAGGACAGGAAGGUCAGGGGUCAGUGCCAGGGGCCGGAGAGCAGUCCCCUUGUCUUGUUUGAGCCCCUACUACUUCUCACCCCUCAAUAAGAAUGUAUUUUGUCUGCCUCUCCCCUCUCAUUGGAUGAACUCUAAUAGAAAUGCCACUAAAAUGGACUCUUCAUUUACAGCUGACCUGGUGAAACCCGGGUUAGGGUUCUGCUCUGUGUUCAGGCCCGAUGGCUCAGUGCCCUCCUCCUGUCUCUUCUUCAAUACUGGCACUUAACACGCGAUGGGCAGGCCAGGAGUGUAGUUGGCCAAGCUUCCCCAAGUACUGUAUGCAGACAGAGAAAAACAGGAGAACUUCAGAUGUGGGCAUGGGGAGGACCUGUGGAGAUGUGUAGGGUUCUGCUGGAGAACCCUGGCCUGCCUGGCUCUCAGCACUACAGAACCCGGGAGAACCCCAGCACUACAGGAGAGCAGUUAAGAGUAGUAGAUAGACGCGAAGGACACGACUGGUAGCACUUGCGCUUCAGCAGAUGUAGUUGAACAGAAGUUUGUGUUUGUUUGUGUGUGUGUGUGCGUCAGUCCAGUUUGUGAAGGUCUAGCGGUCCGUGUCAGCCAAGGGCUAAACCUUUGGGGCAUCUCCAAUAUCAGAGGCUCAGCUGUCUGCCAAGCCUACUUCCUAUUUGCACAUUGGAUUUUGUAACAUUUGUGUUGUGUGUAGCAGUUAAUAAAUAUUUGCAAUAAAAUAUGUCAGUAAA